AAAGUGGAAUCCUGAAUAAUGAGCUGGAACCCAAAUGCAGCACUUGGACCAACUGUUCAUCCAAGAAAAAAACGUAAUAAAUUAAAGAAAAACUCCUCUUCACCCGCUGGCGGCUGCUCGGCUCAGUGAGGACGAGCAGCCGCCGGAGGAGAGACGAGGUCUCGUGUGUUUAGUUUGGAUCGCGUCACAGCGAGGAUCCUGUUUUCUCUAAUGGUCUCAGCUCUUACACCUACUGUACUGUACCCUGUACUGUACGUAUCUACCGUAGCACUGCCCACUCAGCUCCACCGUGAACAGGAAGCGGUGGAAGGUCUUGUCUGUUUGUUGGACUCCACCUCUGACUCGUCUGACAGCCUCAGUCAAGACGGGGUCGGUGAGGAAGACAGAUGUGUGUGUGCGUCCUGCAGCCGUGGAUCGAUGGAGGAUUAUCGAUCUAGACUCAAAGAUACUGUACACACACACUCCCUGUCAGUCAUGGCUGCAGUCGGCAGGGAUGCACCUGCAGGAGUCACAUUCUCACAGGGAACGUCAACGAUGGCUAAACAUCCCGACAGCGACUUCGGUGCUCCAGUGAUGACAAAGGUGCACUGGAGGAAACCGGACCUCGGCAACAGGAUGGACGACCAGAGAUGCACCUUCCCUCCGCCGCUCAAGACGGAGGAUGACUACAUUCCAUACCCCAGCGUCCACGAGGUGCUGGGCAGAAGAAGUCCGUUCCCCCUCAUCCUGCUGCCUCAGUUCGGAGGGUUCUGGAUCGAGGGGACCAACCACGAGCUGAGCGACGGCCUGGAGCCCGAGCCGCCGUCGCCUCUGUCGCCGAGCAGCCGCACCAAGCUGGAGUGUAACACGACAGCCACCAUCUUCCGGAAACACUUCCUGGGAAAGGAACACUUCAAUUACUACUCAGUGGACGGCGCCCUGGGACACUUGGUGUUCUCCCUGAAGUACGACGUGAUCGGGGACCAGGAACAUCUCCGCCUCAUGCUCAGGACCAAACUGAAAACCUACCACGACGUGAUCCCCAUCUCCUGCCUGACGGAGUUCCCCAACGUGGUGCAGAUGGCCAAGCUUGUCUGCGAAGAGGUCAACGUGGACCGAUUCUUCCCUGCGCUUUAUCCCAAAGCUUCGAGACUUAUCGUGACCUUUGACGAACAUGUGAUAAGCAACAAUUUCAAAUUUGGGGUCGUCUAUCAGAAGUUUGGGCAGACUUCGGAGGAAGAGCUGUUCGGCAACAGUGAAGAGAGUCCGGCCUUCGUGGAGUUCCUGGCGUUUCUGGGAGAAAAAGUUGAGCUGCACAACUUCAGAGGUUUCCGCGGAGGGUUGGACGUGACUCACGGGCAGACCGGCGCAGAAUCCAUCUACUGCAACUACCGCAACAAAGAGGUCAUGUUCCACGUGUCCACGAAGCUGCCGUACACCGAGGGGGACACGCAGCAGUUGCAGAGAAAGAGGCACAUAGGGAACGACAUCGUGGCGAUCAUCUUCCAAGAGGAGAACACUCCCUUUGUUCCCGACAUGAUCGCCUCCAACUUCCUCCACGGCUACGUGGUGGUCCAGGUGGUCGACCCCUGCUCCGACAAUGUUCUGUACAAGGUGUCAGUGACGGCGCGGGACGAUGUACCUUUCUUCGGCCCAGCCCUCCCGAACCCAGCCGUCUUUAAAAAAGGCCCUGAAUUCCAUGAAUUCCUUUUUACGAAGCUCAUCAACGCAGAGUACGCCUGCUACAAAGCUGAGAAAUUUGCCAAAUUAGAGGAACGAACGCGGUCGGCUCUGUUGGAGACGCUGUACGAGGAGCUGCACGUGAACAGCCAGGCCAUGAUGGGAGUCGGAGACGACGACAAAGUGGAGAACGGCGGCGGCGGCGGCGGCGGCGGCGGAGGAGGAGGAGGCUUCUUCGAGUCGUUCAAGCGGGUGAUCCGCAGCAGGAGCCACUCUGUGGACGCCAUGGGCCUCACUUUCAAGAAGCCGUACACAGUCUCCACUAGCCUGAGCGGCAGCUUAAACCACGAGCCCGCCGAGAGCCCCAGACUCCCCGGGAUAUCGUUGCUCGUCCCAGGAAAAAGUCCCAGUAAAUAUGGACGUCGAGGCAGCGCCAUAGGAAUCGGAUCAGUAGAAGAGUCUCUGAUAAUCCCGGGGAAAAGCCCGACCAGGAAGAAGUCCGGUCCUUUCAGCUCCAGGCGAAGCAGCGCCAUCGGAAUCGAAAAGAUCCAGGAGGUGCAGGAGAGGAGCAGAGAGACUUCCCCAAAUACCCAGAAGACCCCUGACAGUGGUCACGUCUCUCAAGACCCCAAAUCGGACAAUUCAUCCAAUCAGAGUUCGCCUGAGGUGCUGACGACCUACAAGAACAGUUCAUGUCUCGGUGGCAGGGCCCCGUCCAUCCCCGAGGGUCAUGACCUCUCGCGCUCCUCCUCCAACGCCAGCAGCUUCGCCAGUGUGGUGGAGGACAACGAGACGGAGGCGACCGAGGACUACGACACCGGCAUGGAGAGUGUGUCGUCUGCCGGGACGCCUCACAAGCGAGACUCCUUCUCCUACAGCACCUGGCUGGAGGACAGCAUGAGCAGCAGCAGCACCGCCAGUCGUGGGAACUCCCCAGGACCUGUUAAACCAGACCGAGGGAAGGGCACAGACAUCCGCAUCAAACUGGAACGACCACACGAUCAUCAGUCGUCGUCGAACUGUUAGCUCCACACGUCUGGUUGUGUCCUGGAUCUCCAUCUUCAGGUCAGACUCUCCUCAUCACUGCUCCUCCUCAUGGUCUCAUCGUACAACUGGACCAGAGACUGAAAGCACAGUUUCAUUGACAAGAAACCAAACAAAUGCUCCCGUUUUCUGAGCAACUGAGGAAUAUACAACGCUGCUGAGACAUAAAGAUGUUUGUGACCUCCUCAAUGUGUGUUUCUCUUCUUCCCAAAGCAUUCCCAUAAGUCACAGUCCCUCUGGGAGAUGAGCGUGACCAGUGGUGAGCGGGAGGACGAGGAGGAGGAGGAGGAGGACGAGGAGGAGGAGAGGAUGAAGGUGAAGUCGGGCCCGGCUGCUUCUCCGUGAGCGACAGGAGGCAGAAGUCGCCGGAGAGGAGGACGCACGGAGAGGAGCCAUCUUUUUGCACAGUGUUGUUUCCUUCCUCUCUGUUCUCCGUCUGCUCACUCACCUGUUGCCUAGUUGUAUGUUGCUGUUGAUCAUUUUAUUUAUAAAAGAUAUUUUCGUGGGUUUAGUUCGUCUGAGUCUGCGAGUGCUGGCUGUACAGGGUAAAGACAUGGAUCUCUCCGUGGAGAUUAUGGGAAGGACAAGAUCUCUGAACACAAAACCAAAUAUUCAGCAUCGUAGAUGAGUGUUUUCUAACAAAAUAUCCAAUGAGAUAUGGAAUUUUUCUGUUGGAGCCUGUUCAAUGUGAUUAUUAUUCGUGUAAAAUCCAAAUAGAUGGACUGUACAGCUGCAGAUUGAACAAUUAUUCUCUGUCCUCCACCAAAUCUCCAUAAGAUUCAGAUUUCAAACUUUCUGCCGCAAGAUGGAAAUGUGUCAAAGAUAAAAUGAAAUGGCCUUAAACUAAAUUGACCUCACAUGUUCUGCGGCCAAACAUUAGACAGCAGCGUUAGAUUAAGAUUAAAAAUAACAUACUCUGAAUAAUUUUAAGCACACUGGUUACUUUAGAUGGUGACUGUACAGUCUGUGGUGAUAUGGACGUACAGUAUCCGUCAGUGACUGAUUCAACCUCUUUGUCUGUCGUGUGAAGACCAGUCACUACCUUUUGUUUUAAGUUGCUUUUUUUCCUCCUCUGUAAUGUAUGUUUUUAUUUAUUGAUUUGGUUCCUCCUGAAGUGGCAUCUAUGGCGUUCAUCUGUUAUACUGUACCUCCACUACACUCGACAUCCUGUCAUAUUCCUAUUCUGUGUGUGUGUGUGUUGCUUUGGAGUCAAAUAUAAUGUUGUCAAUCCUCUGUGAAACUGCGUGUGUUUAGGGGUCGGAUCUCUGUCAGUGCAGAACAUUUUGCAAAUUCAUAUUAUAAUAAAACAGUGAAUAUUUAUUUGCUUAAAAAAAUUACUCCAGAUACAACUACUGAUUUUUGUAAAUAUUCGGUUGGAGUAAAUAUAGUGUAUCAUGUAUAGGUCAUUAUGAUUUCAUAUUGGAUUUGACCAACACUUUGAAAUAACUGCCAAGUUUAUUGUUGUUUUUUUUCCUCACUCACUUCAAUUUGAAAAUAUUAUUUUGAGAGAGUUUUGUACAGAAAAAGAAAAUAUUUUAAAAGCUAUUCAGACUGUUCUGUAAAAGGGAAAAUCUCAUGUUCAUCCUGCGGAUCAUUUUAAAGUUGCCUUAUCAUCACGAGCUGAUGGUGUGAGUUCAGUUAGUGAAGCCGGAGGCGGCAGGAUUUACUGUGACAUGAAUGUUGUUGUGUUGUUGUUUCUAUUGUAAAUAAAUGCCUGAACAACUUUAACUUUA